AAGGUGUAAAAAGUAGGAAAACGCAGAAUCGACAGACAUUCUACUUUUAAUUGACGGAUAGAGCAUUUUCAUGUUGAAAGGAAAGCAUUGCUAGGGAAUACUGCAAGAUGUCUACCAUUGUCGCAGUCGCAGGCGGAUCGAGCGGUCUGGGACGCACAAUCGUGGACGCCUUGAAGGCAGAUGCUCGAUAUGAAGUGCUGAUUCUCGGGCGCAAGCUCGAGGAAGAAUCCGGCACACGCGUCCUCGCCAUCGACUACACGAGCGUAGACGCCCUUGUAGCACUCCUAGAGGCGAAUAAAGUAGCGGUCGUAAUCUCGACUGUGAACUCGCUCGUGGAUACCACGCCCGAGUUCAAUCUUAUCAAAGCCGCUGCACAGUCACACGUGACGAAGCGAUUCAUCCCGAAUGUGUGGAGUGCGUUAGAGUUCAAGCCUGAGCCUAGAUUUACGAGCUUGCCCAUCGCAGUGGCAAGGCUCCAAGCCAUAGAUGAACUGAAGAAGACGAAUCUCGAGUGGACGGCAAUCUACCCUAGAAUCUUCAUGGAGUCCUUUGUGCAAGGCAUGCCAUGGUAUCUGACCGUCUACCCGCUCAAAGUCGACAUCGAGAAUAGCACGGCGGGGCUUCCUGUCAAGGGCGAAGGACUCAUUUCUCUGACGUACUCGCGCGACAUCGCAAAGUAUGUCGCUUCACUCCUGGGAUUGGAGAAGUGGGAGCAAUCGUACUUCAUCACUGCGGACGUGAAGACGUGGAAUGAAAUCGUAGCGGCCGCGGAAGCGGGUAAAGGUGUCAAGUUUAACGUGUCGUACGACUCGAUCGAGAAGCUCCAGAAGGGCGAGGCCACCGAAUUGCCAAGCUAUACAAAGAUAUAUGAAGCAUUUGGCGGGAGGGAAAUCGCGAAACCAAUUGUGCAAGCGAUAUUUGCGCAGUAUGGGCUAUGGAUGGACGAGGGGUUGUUCAACUACAAGGGUGGAACGUUCUUGAAUGAUUUGUUUCCAGAAAUCAAGCCAUUGAAGCUGGAUGAGGCGUGGGAGAAAGCUGGUGGGAAAGCUUGACUAGUUACAGGAUUAGCCUGUUGGUCUCGGAGCUGAAGGCAGUUUUGCGGAUACAGCUUGUUCCGCUCCGCCCACUUCACUCUCCCGUAAACAAGAGCCAGUGCUCCAGGGAUCCCCAGACCAGGCCAGGUUCAACUCCGCGGGGCUAGAAAUGGUUUGCUAAUGCGACUCAAUCUCGACUUAUCUAGGUAGGGUCCGCACAACCAAGUUUAGCCACAGCUGCCUCGAGUGGGGACCCCGUGAAGGGAGAGUGCUAUGAGCAUACAAAGCACUGGACCGUUCAUCCUAUGUGCCUAGGUAGGCCGACAGUCAAGCUUGGUGUGGCUUUCGAUUUUCGCCGACGAUCUCCAAAUCGAGUUG